AUGGGGUUCAACACGUUGUCUAACGCGACGUUCGUGACCUUUCCGAAGGGCCAAGGAUUGAAAGAGAUCAUCCGUGGCUUCCAGGAAACGUGGAAUUUUCCUAACUGUGCUGGCGCCAUUGAUGCCACGCACAUUCCCAUUAUUGCCCCAAAAGACGAUCACGCAGACUAUGUAAACAGAAAGGGAUGGUACUCGAUCAUACUGCAAGCAGUAUGUGACCAUAGAUACCGCUUUACUGACAUCUGUAUCGGGUGGCCAGGCCGUGUCCACGAUGCGAGAGUUUUCGCCAAUUCUCAGCUCAUGGCGCAGGCAGUAAAUGGGAACUUGUUACCAUCAUCGCCAGAAUGGACACAGGCCGUAGGACCUACAGAUGACAACAUCGACAUGCCAGUGGUCCUCAUUGGUGACGCAGCAUACCCGAUGUCUUCAUGGCUUUUGAAACCAUACGUUGACAGAGGGAGAUUUACUGAAGAAGAACAAACAUUCAACUACCGCCUGAGCAAAGCGCGAAUGACAAUCGAAAAUUCAUUUGGACGCCUUAAGGGUCGCUGGAGGCGCUUUCUCAAGAGACUGGAUUUGGACAUCAGCUAUGUCCCCAAUUUAGUGACCGCCGCAGUAACCCUACACAACAUCUGCGAAACUACUGGAGACAUAUUUGACGACAGAUGGAUGGAUCGAGUAAUCGCGAUGAAUGUUCAUCAACCUGAACCAUACCAAAUGAGAGCUCAGCCAAUGGACGGCAAGGAAAUUAGACGAUUACUUUCACGUCAGUUUACUGAAGAACGCUAA